CCGAAUUCUCGCACAGUGAUCGAAACACAUUGGCAUUUGUUUUGUUUUUAAUUCUUCGUUUUUUUUUGUCGUUAACUAAUAAAAAAAAUUUGUAAAUCGAAAAUGGGACGUCGAAUGAAAUCUACUAAGAGUGGAAAAUAUAUUAAUCCAACUGAUCAAGCUCGAAAAGAAGCUCGUAAACGAGAAUUGAAAAAGAAUAAGAAACAAAGAUCGAUUGUUCGAGUUGCCGUUCUAAAGGGUAAAGAUCCAUAUCAAAUUAUAUCAGAUAUGGAACGACUUGAUAAAAUGGAAUAUGAUUUCUACAAUCCACCAUCGCUCAAUGAAAAAGUGCUUAAAGAUAAACGAAGAAAACUAAAAGAAACCUGGGAUCGUUUAAUAAGACUUUAUAUUAAAGAGGAUAAAGAUAAAUACAUUGAAUUGAAACGAAUGGAAAGUGAUUAUGAUGCAAAACGAAACGAAUUAGUUAAACAAUACGAAGCGAUCAAAUCAGCGCAAGAAGUUAAUAUUGAAGAAAUUCCUCUUCCUUCAGCAAUUCCUUUACCGUCGGAAUCAGCAACAUCAUCAUCUUUAGGUAAAGAGACGAUACCACAAUCAAUAUUGAAAAGUACAAGAAAUCGCGCCAAACAGCCACCCGGUUGUCCUCCUGGACUUCCACCUUCAUUAAGUGAAUUCAAAAGCGAAAGUGAUGAUGAUAAUGAUGAAGACGAUGACAAAAGUGAAGAUGAAGUUGAAAAAUCUGAAUCAAAUAAAAAAAUACGAUUCUCUGAUGAAGUUGGUGAGAAAAACAAAGAUGUAAGUGAUUUAAAUAAAUUUCUUCAAGAAAUUGAACAAUUAUCAAGCGAAAAAUCGAAUAAAGAAGUUGAACCAAAUAAAAAUGUCAUCGAUAAUCCUCAAGCUCCGAAUACUAACAGUAUAAUUUUAGCCAGUUCUACAUUGGUUCAACCAACACCUCAAAUUCUUGUCCGACCAGCUCCACCACCUCCUCUUCAAGUUUCAAUGCCACCUCAAUUAAUACAUACAGCGGGUCAAGUUUUACGAAUGACACCGCAUAAUCCCACAAUUUUUAAUCCAUCAAAUUAUAAUCAACAGAAAAAAGAAAAAACUAAACAAGUCGCAACGAUUGAAGCAAGACCACAACUUCGUAAUCUUAGCGCCGAUUCAACUAAAUUUAUGCCAUUAGCAUUGAGAGUUCGUCGUGAUGAAAAACAAGCUCCACGAAAAUCAUUGAUCAAACCAUUCCGUGCAUAUGGUAUGAUUCAUUCAUUAAACACAUCAUCAUCAUCACCAUCUACCAAAUCGUCAAGCACUGUUAAGGAUAAAACAAAUUCUAAAGAUGAUGCCUACGAACAAUUUAUGAAAGAAAUGGGUGGUUUUAUUUGAUUAAUGAUUUCACUUUACAUUAUAAAUUAAAAUUAAUUAUUCUA